AGGCGAAGAGGCACGGCAACGAGGCCUUCUCCCGGGGGAGCUUCGAGGACUCGAGUCGGUGAAGUGGCUGUCCAAGGCCAUCUGGCUCGCAGAGGAGUGGCGGGGACUGAAGGCCACCCGCGACCUGAGGUCCAUCCUGCGCUCCAACCGCGCGUUCGCCCUGCUCCGGCUGGAGCGGUGGGCCGAGGCCGAGGCGGACUGCUCGAAGGCCCUGGGCUUCAACGCCAAGAACGUCAAGGCGCACUACCGCAGGGCCAUGGCCAGGCUGGAGCUCGGGAUGGCGGAGGGCGCGAUGCAGGACGUCGACCGCGUGCUCGAGGAGAUGCCGUCCCGCCAGAGCAACGCGGAGGCCGUCGUGGAGGCCGUGGACCUGCGGCGGAAGAUCCGGGAGAAGCUGGGCCUGGCGCCAGCGGAGGAGAUAGCCGCCAGACACCGCCGCGGCGCUGCCGCGGGCGUAGAGAGGCCGCGUCGUGGCGGCCACUCGCACUGGCUGCGACGCAUGGCCGACGCCGGCGGUGUUGGGGUCGCGCAGGGACUUGCGUCGGCGCCGUUCCCUCCUAGACCUCCCAGAUGGGGAGGUAAUUUUAGUUCCUUCCACUCACUCGGGGCGCUUCCGAUGGCAAACUGCCCCGUCCAUGCAAGCAGUCCUGCCGGAACCUGAAGAAUUUCUUUCUCUGGCCCAUACCGCGAGGCCAGUCCGAGUCCGCGACAUGGCCCUGGCCGGCCCGGGUCCGCGCUGGCCCGGGCUCGUGUGGCGCAGUUUCUCAAUUUCCGAGCUGUCCGCGCGAUUGUUGCCGCCGCCGGCCCAGGCAGGCCGCGCCGCCCGCUGCUGCUCGGCGCUUGCCCUCCUCGCUGGUCGGACGAGAGGGGGAUGGUAACCGAAGGUGGCCCAAAGC